UUCUUGGUUGACAAAUCACACAAACAAUAAAGCUUAAACAAUUUAUAAUUUUUAAAUAAUGUGUGUUGUGUAAUUCUUAAAUUACAUAAUGAUAAUUUGUAUGUUAAGUUCAUAAGCUGCAACUUAAACUAACUAGUUAAAUUUGAUUUAAAGAAUUUAAUUAAGAUUUGAUAACGUCAAUUCACAUUUAUAUAGUUGUAAAAUACAAAGUGUGUCAUCUAUUGGAUGUUUAAUAUGGAAACUAAAGACGAUUGUGUUUCAUUUAUAAUGAAUAAAAAGUAUUUUUUAGAAGAUAAUAUUGAGGUUUUCUACAAAUUUAAUAAUAAGUCUUUGAAACCAAAGUAUACAGAUUGGAUUGGAUUGUACGCGUCUAGUAAGGAAACAAAUAUAGAAGACUUUGUUGCCAUUGAAAUGGAUUUACAAAGUCACUCGCCGACUAAAAACGGUUUAUAUUACACUAUUUUUUAUGCUAUUGAGAUGAAGAAUGUAAAAUGCAACACUAAAUAUGAAUUUGUUUAUGGAAAUAGAUAUAAGGAGAUAUAUGGAAAGAGUCGUCCUAUCCGUUUUAUCCAUAAAAAUGACUGCAUGUGCGCUUCAACUAUAUUGGAAGAAAAUUCAAAAACCAAUUUGAAACAAUAUGUUUCUCAGGAUUUAGUUAACUCGUUAUUUGAGCGUAUUUCAAAAUUAGAAGACAUUAUAAACAACUCGAUAAAUGAAGUAACUGAGAUGGUGUCAAACAAUAAACAGCUAAUAGAUGAAGUUAUUGAACAAAAAGCCAUUAUUAUGAAGACUAAUAAUGCGUUGAAUGAUUUAUGGUAUACAAACGAACCUGUCACUAUGGAUAGAGAUAGAUGGAUGAAGUCUUGUACAGAUAUCGAUCUCAAAAUGUAUUUAAUCGAAAGUCAAGAACGUCUAAAGCAAGACUUGAUCGAUCAAAAUGCUUGUUUUGAAAAUAUGUUGGCAUCUCAAAAUAAGGCCAUUAAAAAAACGAUUAUCUCUACAACAAAUAUAGAGCCGUCAGUUUUGUUAGAUUCUACAUUUGUAGAAAGUGGUUCUGUACAAGAACCGUCGAUGGCAAGUAUUGUUUUUAUUGAUAGUGAAGGUGACCUAUCAUUAUAAUUUAUACUUUUUUUUUUUAAUAACAAGAAAAAAUGGAUACUUUUAUUCAUUUGCCUUAUUUUUUUUUUUUUUAAGUAAACACGGUUUUGAAAAGCAGUUUUUGUUUUUAUUAAGUUUAAUUGUUAUGUUUCUAAGCAGUUAUGUAACAAGUUUUUUUUUCUAUUUUUAAUUCGAACAUAAUUUUUGUUUAUCUGUAUACAAUAUUAUUAAAU